AUGUUUAUCAAUAAUAAUUGCACAGGUAUUAACAUAGAUAAUGAAAAUAACACCAACUGUGAUAAUUUUGAGGAAUCUGCUUGCCACAACCAAAUAUCAAAUGACUUCCUUAGAAAUCAUUUAUUACAUUCAGAUGAUUUCAUCAUAAAUAUUUUGAAGAAUACAAUGAAUGUAAAUGAAUCACAUCUUAUGGCUGCCAUUAAUUACUACCGAUCUUGUAUCACAAACUCCAAGGAGGAGAAAUCGUCAAGAAAAGAGAAAAUUGUUCAAUUAAUAUCAUCCCUUUUCAACGGAUGGUUAUCGCCACUAGAUUCUGACAAGAUCUCCUCCAAUAUUAGCAACAAUAUACCUGAUGAUAAAUUGUUCAAUCUCACCAAUUUAAUUUUACCACUGAUAUUUCAAAAUGGACGAACAACUAUAUUUUCUUUAAACGUAGUUCGAAGUAGAAACAAAAAUAUAAAUCUAUAUAUUUAUUCGGUCAACAAUGGAGAAGGAAUAGAAGAACAAAUUUUCAAGUUAUUGGAGAAUUUUGAAGUGGGAGAAAAUAAGGAAGAAUUGGCUAAAGGUGUUUUCAAUUUAUAUUCAGACAUUCAAAAUGUACUUGAAAUAUUUGAUCAAUUAAAGAUCACUUUGAUCCAAUUAUUAUCAUCCAAUUCAUGGUUCAAUGAAAACAAUAAAGGCACUAUUGAUCAGGUUAAAAAUAUUAGUUUAUCAAUAAUUUCAUCGGAAUCAUUGAAUGUGGAGGAAAGAGAGAACAAAGAUUUUAUAUUCAAUAAUAAAAUUCUAGAAAAUAAUUACUUUAUGAAUGCAUACUACGCUCAGAAGACCAAACUCCUUAAAUCAUUUGGCGCAACUUUACAUAAAUAUGAUGAACCAGAGGUCUCCAGUUUCACGCCAUACAUAUCAGGAUUGGACAAAGAUUAUAACAUUCAAAUAUCUACUGGGUUUCUACAUCCACCGUAUUUCAAUGGAUCAUAUUCAAUGUCUGAAAAAUAUGGGAUUAUCGGUUGGAUUAUAGGACGUGAGCUUAUGUCUGCAGUUUCUGGUGAAGAUCAGAUAAAUGAACCAGAACAAUCCCAGUUCAUAUGUGAAGCAACAGAUCUAGAAUCAUUUGAAUCACAACUCUGUUGUUUACAAAAACAAAACAGUUUCCGAAUGUUUGGAAAAAAGAAUUUCAGAUCAUUGUCAAAUGAUAUUAAUGGGCUUAUGUUAUCCUUUACAACAUAUAGAAGGAUUUGCAUGCAAAAUCGUAAAAAUCUAGAUGGAGAAUUGUUUUUCACAACAUUUGCAAAGAUGAUGUGUGGUAGCUACUUUAAUGAUACAAUUAAUAACAAGUUCAAAUUGUCCAAGCUAAAUUAUACAUUCAGUGUUAAUGAUCUUCUGAAACAUAGUCAAGAAUUCUCCGACGUAUACCAAUGUUCAGUCGAUUCCAAAAUGAAUCACGCAAAAAAAUGUAUUCUUUGAAUGAAUUUAGAAGUUAUGUGCUUUAAAAUAUUGGUUUAAAUGUGUCUUCAAUUUCGUAACCAUAUUGAUGGUAAUGUAUUUGUUUAUCUUGUUCAAUAAUAAACAAUCAAUUGAUUUUGGCGAUAGCGUGAAUGGACUCAUUUUAAUCCAGUUGAAGAAAUAUUUCAUUUUUUUUAAUACUGUUUCUACAAUACUCAAAUAUUUUAUAAAUUAAAUAAAUCAUUUUGAAGUUGAAA